GUCGAUGAUGACAUGUGGCAGAGGUUACUCUGGAGCCUCGGUGUGGAUAUUACAACUACUAGCACUGUCAAGGUCGAAUGACGACCACAUGUGCGACUUGGAGAAAGCAUGGCUGGUGAAAUAGCACUGCUGAGCGUCUCUGACAAGACAGGUCUGGUUGAGUUUGGGAAGAAGUUAAGUGAAGUUGGCUUCAAACUGAUAGCAUCUGGUGGGACAGCAAAAGCUCUCAGGGAGGCAGGCUUACAAGUCAGGGAUGUUGCUGACAUUACUGGCGCCCCAGAGAUGCUGGGAGGGCGAGUGAAGACCCUUCAUCCUGCUGUCCAUGGAGGCAUUUUGGCAAGGUUGAAUCCUGAGGAUGAUGCAGACCUUAAGAAACAGGGAUAUGAUCGAAUAAGACUGGUGGCUUGUAAUCUCUAUCCAUUUGUGAAAACAGUAUCAGCUGCAGAUGUGACCCCAGAACAAGCUGUAGAGAAUAUUGAUAUUGGUGGAGUCACACUCUUGAGAGCCGCAGCCAAGAAUCAUGCUCGUGUCACCGUCGUGUGUGACCCGGCGGAUUAUAACCAAUUGAUUAAUGAAGUGAAGUCAUCAGAUAAAGGGGACACAACUCUUGAAACCAGACAGCGGUUGGCUGUAAAGGCUUUCAAUCACACAGCUGCCUAUGAUGCAGCUAUAUCCAACUACUUUCGUCGGCAGUACAGUUCGGGUGUGGCACAGUUACCCCUUCGGUAUGGAAUGAACCCUCACCAGAAACCCGCACAGAUCUACACCACACUGCCCCAGCUACCCCUAAAAGUUCUGAAUGGCUCGCCGGGAUUCAUUAACCUAUGUGAUGGUCUGAAUGGUUGGCAGCUAGUACGGGAACUCAGGCAGGCACUACAUCUUCCUGCAGCAGCAUCCUUCAAACAUGUCAGCCCAGCAGGUGCAGCUGUUGGGGUACCACUGAGUGAGAGCCAAGCAAGACUGUGCAUGGUGGCAGACAUGGCUCAGAAUCUGACACCACUGGCUACAGCGUAUGCUAGAGCUAGAGGUGCUGACCGUAUGUCGUCUUUUGGUGAUUUUAUUGCAUUGUCUGACAUUUGUGACGUACCAGCAGCCAAAAUAAUAUCCAGAGAGGUGUCUGAUGGGAUUAUUGCUCCUGGCUAUGAGACUGCUGCCCUGGAGAUUCUCUCCAAGAAGAAAGGAGGGUCGUACUGUGUACUGGAGAUUGACCCAAGCUACGAGCCUUCACCAAUGGAGACGAGGAUGCUGUUUGGCCUUCACAUGGAGCAGAAGAGGAAUGAUGCUCGGAUUGACAAGAGCCUGCUGACAAACAUUGUAACCAGCAACAAACAGCUUCCGGAUAGUGCUGCUUGUGAUUUGCUGGUAGCAACCAUUGCUCUCAAGUACACACAGUCCAACUCUGUUUGUUAUGCUAAGGAUGGCCAAGUAAUUGGGAUAGGAGCGGGUCAGCAGUCUCGUAUUCACUGUACCAGACUAGCAGGAGACAAGGCCAAUCACUGGUGGCUGAGACAACAUCCAAAGGUUCUUGGAAUGCAGUUCAAGCAAGGUGUGAAGAGAGCAGAAAUCUCCAAUGCUAUUGACAGCUAUGUAUUAGGAACAGUAGGUCAGGACAUGGAAAAAGGAAAAUGGGAAGAGAUGAUUGAGAGUCCACCUGAGCAACUGACUGAGGGAGAGCGUCAAGAGUGGAUAGCUAAACUGAAGAAGGUGUCUCUGAGUUCAGAUGCAUUUUUCCCCUUCCGUGACAACAUUGACAGAGCGUAUCAAAGUGGGGUGGAGUACAUUGUCUCCCCGUCUGGCUCCACUAAUGAUGCUGUCGUGACAGCAGCAUGUGAAGAACUAGGCAUUACACUGAUCCACAGCUCCACGAGAUUGUUCCAUCACUAAGUCUCCCAUUUUGUCAGCUGAGCAUUUCACCAUGGAGGUCAUGAUCUCGCAGAGGCAGGGAUUCACCAGGUUUUCUCAACAAUGACAGUGACUGUACUAUGCAGGGAUUGCAAGAUGCUAAAUCUCAGUAAUAUCAUGAACCGAUGAAUUUGCCUGUCCUGAUGGCAUUGACCAGAAGCGUUACCACAUUCCUGUUGAGUGUAAGAUAUCCUGUUUCUUCUAAAAUUUGGGACACCUGGUCUACCCAUUUUAGCCAAUAUAUAUGUAAUUCUUACAGGGAUAUUGCGUUUCUUUUUCCUCACAUGAUUAGACCAUUUAAUGAACGACAUACUCAUAUCUUUACUUUUCCAAAAGGCUGAUAAAGAAAUGUAAUAUGCUACUUUCAACAGUAUAAAUAUCUGUCCCAAAUUUUAGAAAAAUUAGGGUAGCCUUACUCUUCACUUGUCCAUCUUGCUUGUGUGACGUAUAAGUGUAUUAAAACAUGCAUAAAGUUUGAAGAGAUGCAUUAUUCAUCCCUUAGUGAAGUUUAUCUAGAUAUAGAGUCACAUAAUUCUGAAUCGUUAGUUCUAUGUUUCUGUAUAAAAGUUACAUUUCGGUAACAAAAUAUGUCUGUUCGUUUGUUUUUGAAGGGUGUUAUAAUUAAACAUAAUCAUGUUCACAGUUUCUGUCUUGCAUCAUUAACUGAUUCAGAUUAAAACAUCCCAUUUAUUGUUGCUUAGUAAUAUACUACAUCAAGCAUUCUUGGUUGAUAUUGCUACUCACUGGAUUGGUACUGGCGAUAUGUUCUGUGUAAUGGAUAGUAUGUCCAAUUAGGCCUGCAGGCCUGCAUGUUUGAAGUGCUUUGUCAUCCAUAUGUCAUCGUUGCUAUGUAAUAGCUUCAGUUUUUCUUGUCUGUUUUGUUUCGCUCAACAACCUGUGAAGUUGUAUAACAAAUGUUCCCAUUGCCAAGCAUAGAGUUCAGUCAUUUGAUAAAGUUACACUUUUG